AUGUGCCAGCCUCAGGUAUCGACGAGCAUUUUCGACACGCAGAUAUCGAGUCAGGAGGAGAGUGGUCUCUUGGAGGAGCUACUGAGGCGCCACGGGCGACUUGAGAACCCCAUCAUUGCGCCGCCCUUAAUGUACGGCCAGCCUCGUCCGCUUAUUGGAAACCCUCGAAUCCCGAAUCAGGAGGAGAGUGGUCUCUUGAGGCGCCAUAAGCGACUUGAAGGUGCCACUUCAGCACCCGAUAUGUAUCCGCCUCGCUUGCCAGUGCAUUCUCACGAGUCCGCGGCCCUUCCAUCUCGUUCAAAUCAUGCUUCAAAGGAUUCUUCUAAAGUCCCCUCUUUGGAGAGAGCCAUCGUUGAGCUUUUUGAAGAGGAGCAGCGGCAGCAGCAGCGACAGCAACAGCAGCAGCAGCAGCAGCAGCAGCAGCAGCAGCAGCAAGUGGCAGUGGAGAGCUGGAUCGCACAUGCUUUGGGCGCCUACGCAACAGAGAGCAUGGUGAUUGGUGAUGUGAACACCACCAAUGAUGAAGGUGCAGCAACCAGAAGAGCGAGCAUGGUCGUCACAGGCUCCGGAGGUAUCUCUACCAUCGACCAAGAUGCAGCAGCAUCGGCCUCUUUGGUGCAUCAGCAGCACGUGGCGACAACCAGAAGAACGAGCAUGGUCGCCACAGGCUCUGGAGGUAUCUCUACCAUCGACCAAGAUGCAGCAGCAUCGGCCUCUUUGGUGCAUCAGCAGCACGUGGCGACAACCAGAAGAACGAGCAUGGUCGCCACAGGCUCUGGAGGUAUCUCUACCAUCGACCAAGAUGCAGCAGCAUCGGCCUCUUUGGUGCAUCAGCAGCACGUGGCGACAACCAGAAGAACGAGCAUGGUCGCCACAGGCUCUGGAGGUAUCUCUACCAUCGACCAAGAUGCAGCAGCAUCGGCCUCUUUGGUCCUGCAGCAGCGAGUGGCGACAACCAGCUGGGUGGCACAGGCUGAGCUGGCAGGGCUGACUCUGCCGCCCGAUCUGAUCCAGAAAUCUGCACGUGCUGCUCGGUUUGCGCAGAUGCAGAUGCAGGAGCAAGUUGAGGCGGCGGGGUCACCAACUCUGCAAGGGAGUUCUGAAAGUUUGCUGGGGGGGAUGCAGGGAAUGAUGCUGCAGGAGGGAAUGAUGCUGGAAGGAGGGAUGAUGCAGCGGGGGAUGUUGCCGGAGGGAGGGAUGCAGGAACCUUCGUUUGAAGUGCCUGAGAAAUGCGCAUUGCAGGAGGGGGCAUGUCAGAAGCAGGCAUGGGAGGAGCAGGCAUGGGAGGAGCAGGCAUGGGAGGAGCAGGCAUGGCAGGAGGGGCAAGGCAGCGCCAGCAUGCAGAUUGCAUCUGCAGGCGAGCUUACUGGCCCAGGCAGCCUCAACACUCCUGAGAAUGCUUCACUUUCAGCCUCCCCAACAACCCCUCCUGCUGCUGCCGGCGCUGUUGUUGCUGCUGCCGAUGCUGCUGCACUUUUUUCUGAGGCUAAUGCUCUUUCUGCGGCGGCUGCUGCUGCCUACCCGCCCACUUCUUUUUUCUCGCCCAGCACUUGUGGCGUUCACUACACACCCGCAGCAGCGGGUUCUUCCUGUUCACCCGCUGCUCCUGCUGCUUCCUGUUCGCUCGCUUCUGCUGGUGCUUGUUCGGAGGGCAAAAGAGGGCAUGCCUUGACAGGACGGCAGCCUUUUGGAACAUCUAAGAGGUCUCUCUUCUUGCCCACCACUACUGGUGUUUCCUGCAUGCCCGCUGCUCCUGGUGCUCCCUUCUCACCAUCCGCCACUCGCGGUGCUUGCCACGGGAGGGAAACAGGACACGCCUUGACGAAGCAAGAGCCUCCUGCCACGUGGACGCCCCUGGUUGGAUUGGGGGAUGUCCCGCGGAGGUCGGAACUGAGGAGAGUGAGAGACGAAAACGGGAGCGUGAGACAGGCAAAGCUGGAGGAGGAGAGGUGGAGAGAGGAGGAGAGGUGGAGAGAGGAGGACUGGCGGCAUCGCAUACUUGACGCGAAGCAAAAUUCCCUUUUUGAGGCGCCACAGCAAUCGCCUUUUAAGUCAUCAAAGGGAUCGCCCUUCAAGGCACCAGAAACAUCGCCUUCUCAGGCACGAAAAAUACCCCCGCAGGAUUGGCGGCCGCGCAUUCGAGCCCUGUUGGAUGGGCAAGCGGCCCGAAUUGAAGUCCUGGAGAAUUCAGGAAAUGCAGCCGUCAAGACAUCAAGAUCUGCAGUGGAGGAGACAGCAUGUGGCUCGGCUGCAGGCGCAGGCGCGUCUAGGAGCACAUAUUCCCUUCCCGUCACUCGCAUUUCCCCUGCGACUCGUCCGCAUUUCCCUUUCCGUCGCCCACGCGUACUCCCCUCUUGUCACCCACGCUCACUCCCCUCCCGUCGCCUUCGCUCACUCCCCUACCGAUUCCACGCUCACUCCCCUCCCGUCGCCUUCGCUCACUCCCCUACCGCCGCCACGCUCACUCCCCUCCCGUCACCUUCGCUAGCUCCCCUACCGCCGCCACGCUCACUCCCCUCACGUCGCUCGCUCACGCUAACUCCCCAUCCAUCGCCCACGCGCGUUUCCCCUUCCGUCGCCCAUGCAAGCCCCCCUUCCGUCGCCCAUGCGCGUUUCCCCUUUCCGUCGAGAUGCGCGUUUCCCCUUCCGUCGCCCAUGCGCGUUUCCCCUUCCGUCGCCCAUGCGCGUUUCCCCUUCCGUCGCCCAUGCGAACUCCCCUCCCGUCGCCCACGCAAUCCCCCCUUCCGUCGCCCAUGCGCGUUUCCCCUUCCGUCGCCCACGCGAACUCCCCUCCCGUCGCCCACGCUAACUCCCCUUCCGUCGUGUACACCCAUCCCUCUCCUCCUCAUCCCUCUUAUCCCCAUCCUUCACCUCCCCGUCCCUCUUCUCCCCAUCCCUCACCUCCCCAUGCCUCGUCCCCCCAUUCCUCAUCUCCCCAUCCCUCAUCUCCCCAUCCCUCAUCUCCCCAUGCCUCGCAUCCCCAUCCCUCACCUUACCAUCCCUCACCUCCCCAUCCCUCACCUCCCCACGCCUCACCUCCCCAUCCCUCAUCUCCCCAUCCCUCAUCUCCCCAUGCCUCGUCCCCCCAUCCCUCAUCUCCCCAUCCCUCAUCCCCCCAUCCCUCUCCGCCCCAUCCCACAUCUCCCCAUCCCUCUUCUCCCCGUCCCUCAUGUCCCCAUCCCUCAUCUUACCAUCCCUCUUCUCCCCGUGCCUCCCCUCCCCAUUUUUCAUCUCCUUAACCCUCACCUCCCAAUCCCUCUACACCCCAUCCCUCCUCUACCCAUCCCCAUUCUCCCCAUCCCUCCUCUCCUUAUCCCUCACCUCCCAAUCCCUCUCCGCCCCAUCCCUCACCUCCCAAUCCCUCUCCGCCCCAUCCCUCAUCUCCCCAUCCCUCAUCUCCCAAUCCCUCAACUCCCCAUCCCUCAUCUCCCCAUGCCUCGUCCCCCCAUCCCUCAUCUCCCCAUCCCUCAUCCCCCCAUCCCUCUCCGCCCCAUCCCACAUCUCCCCAUCCCUCACCUCCCCGUCCCUCAUGUCCCCAUCCCUCAUCUGACCAUCCCUCUUCUCCCCAUGCCUCCCCUCCCCAUUUUUCAUCUCCUUAACCCUCACCUCCCAAUCCCUCUACACCCCAUCCCUCCUCUACCCAUCCCCAUUCUCCCCAUCCCGCUUCUCCCCAUCCCUCCUCUCCUUAUCCCUCACCUCCCAAUCCCUCUCCGCCCCAUCCCUCACCUCCCCAUGCCUCACCUCCCCAUCCCUCAUCUCCCCAUCCCUCAUCUCCCCAUGCCUCGUCCCCCCAUCCCUCAUCUCCCCAUCCCUCAUCCCCCAUCCCUUCCCCGUAUCCCCCUUUCCCCUCCCAUGUCUUCCCCUUUCGCUUUCCUCACCCCCCAUCGCUUCCCCGCAUCCUCCUUUCCUUUUACCCAUCCUCCUUCCCUUACCCCAUCCCCAUUCCCUUCCCCCAUCCCCCUUCCCUUUCCUCAUCCCCCUUUGCUUCCCCCUCUGCUGUCACCUCCCUUCCCCCUCUGCUGUCACCUCCCUUCCCCCUCUACUGUCACCUCCCUUCCCCCUCUGCUGUCACCUCCCUUCCCCCUCUGCUGUCACCUCCCUUCCCCCUCUGCUGUCACAAACUAUUCCGCCAAACAAUCACUUCCUCCCUUCCUCCCAUGCCUAACCUCGCUGUCCUCCCAUGCCUAA